AGUCAGGAUGGAUCCCGUACUUGCGGUCGAGUUGUUGUUCUUCGCCAUCUUUGAUCAGACGACACACGAACAAUUCAAUGUAGAACGUAUGCAGCCCAUUUGGACGCUCGUCCUCUUCAAGCUCACCUUCGGCAUUUACAUGUUGGUGGUGGUGGUGCUUAUUAAUAUCCUGAUCGCCAUGAUGAGCGAUACCUACCAGCGGAUACAGGCGCAAUCGGACAUUGAGUGGAAAUACGGAAUGAGCAAGCUUAUUCGAAAAAUGAACAGGACCACCAUGGCACCACCCCCGCUGAAUCUUUUGACUACGUGGAUUAUGUAUUUUGUCAAACUCUGCAAGAAAUGCGCGACCAAAAAGCAACAACAGCUCUCUUUGACGCACGAGAUGAGCGCUCGCCUGUCCCCUCGCACCAGAAUGGUCUACAAGGAUAGAGUCGCCUUAUCGGUAGCUCAAUCGAAUCCACUCGAGAGUCAGCUGUCCUUUCAGAACGUCGUCAAAAUCGAGAACGUUGUCGACUGGGACGUCGUCAGACGUAAAUACAAACACCCUUACGGCGAGAAGAUCAAACAGAAGUUGGUCCAAGAGAGCAAGGAAACGAUUGAGAAUUCGUUGGCGGUUUAGGAAGACACGUCCAGCGUUGCCGAGAAUGCCGUGGAAUCGGGGCUUGGAAUUGGAGCUUGAACGAAGCGGGAAAUGAUCGAGAUAAUCGUCAACAAUGUAUUACAUAACUCUCUGAAGAAGAAAGAGAGAUUAAAGCUUUUUCUAUCUUUCGCAGAUUCGCCACAUUAAAUGCGUACGAUCGUUCGAUCGCACUGGGUUAUUUGUGUAUACAUACACCGGGGCGUAUAAAAAUGAAAAUUUUUAUACCUUAUUUAGUAAUAUAUCGAUAAUAUACAAACAUGUCUUUAAACGUCUAUGUAACGUAAUUUUUUCAUCAGACUUUCACACAAAACUUAUAAUGCGCAAAUAAAUAUUAUAUGCAAAUCUU